AUGGCUACACCCGCAAACACCACCGCAGAGGCCCUCGCCUCAGAGGAAGCCUAUUUCUUUCAAAACCCUCCCCCGCGCAACCUGGCAGCCCACACAGCCCUUGCAGAUGGCUUCAUUUCCUCCCACGCCGCUGCAGGCCGCCGCGUCGUCCUAGUCACCUCAGGUGGCACAACUGUUCCCCUGGAGAAGCAGACAGUCCGAUACAUCGACAACUUCAGUGCUGGUACCCGUGGUGCUACGAGCGCAGAGUACUUUCUCGAAGCUGGCUACGCUGUCAUCUUCUUGCAUCGCCAGUUCAGUCUGCUGCCGUACUCGAGACACUACUCGCACGCUACGGAUUGCUUUCUGGACUUUUUGACCGAGGAUGCUGAUGAUAGGAUUGCUGUGAGAGGCGAGGUGCAGGAUAAGAUGAGAGAGGUGUUGAGAAAGUAUCGCAAGGCGAGAGACGAUAACAUGCUUCUCACUCUUCCCUUUGUCACUAUCGUCGACUACCUCCACGAGCUGCGUGAAAUUGCUCGACUCAUGCGUCCCCUCGGCCCAUCUGGCCUCCUCUACCUUGCCGCUGCUGUGUCAGACUUCUUUGUUCCUCCCGACCGCAUGGCCGAGCACAAGAUCCAGUCCACCAAUGCUGUUGAGCAGAAGCGCACCGAAGAAGAAGAGACUUUUGACAACUUUGACUCAUCUCCUUCAGUCCCGCGCUCAAAGCGUCUCAUAGUUGAUCUCGACCCCGUUCCCAAGUUCCUUAAGAACCUCGUCGACGGCUGGGCGCCAGAGGGUAUGAUUGUGUCUUUCAAGCUGGAGACAGACCCCGCGCUGCUUGUUCGCAAGGCUCGCUACAGUCUCGAUCGCUACCAGCACCAUCUCGUCAUUGGAAAUCUGCUCUCAACGCGAAAGUGGGAGGUCGUCUUUGUGAGUCCCAGAAGGGAUGAUCGAUGGGUGCGCGUGCCCCGAGAGGGCGGUUGGGGAGAGGCUGAGGAGAGGCCACUCGUUGCAGAAGAACUGCCGGCCCAAGAUCCUGACCUUGAGAUCGAAUCUCUUAUUAUCCCUGCAGUCCAGGAGCUACAUGGUGAGCACAUCAAGAGACAGAGUAAGAAGUAA